CGCCCCUCUUUCCCUGACGCCGUCCCCGUGUGCCGGGGGGUGGGGAGGGAGGAGCCGGUGGGAACCGGGAGGAUGAGCAGCCGUUACCCCCCGAGGCCGCUGCUGGCGCCGGCGGACGGUGUGGAGCCGGAGUCCCGGGAGGAGGAGGAGGCCGCGGCGGUGUCCCCCGGGGAGGCGGAAGCGCUGGUCCCCUGCUCCCCCGGGGCCGGGGCCGGGGCCGGGUCCCCGCGGCGGGCGGCUACAUCCGGGUCCCCGCGGAGGGCGGUGCUGACGGUCUGUGUCCUUUGUUACAUCAACCUCCUCAACUACAUGGACCGCUUCACAGUGGCAGGAGUAUUGCCUGACAUUGAGGAAUACUUCGAAAUCGGAGACAGCAGCUCGGGACUAUUACAGACAGUCUUCAUCUGCUCCUACAUGGUGCUGGCCCCCAUCUUUGGUUACCUGGGCGACCGCUACAACAGGAAGUGGAUCAUGAGCAGUGGCAUCCUGUUCUGGUCGGUGAUCACCUUACUGAGCUCCUUCGUUCCCAAGAAGUUUUUCUGGGCGCUGCUGCUCACCCGCGGGCUGGUGGGCAUCGGGGAGGCCAGUUACUCCACCAUCGCCCCCACGGUCAUCGCCGAUCUCUUCGUCGGGGACUUGCGGAGCCGCAUGUUGUCCAUCUUCUAUUUCGCGAUCCCCGUCGGCAGUGGCCUGGGCUACAUCGUGGGUUCCAAGGUGACGGACCUCACUGACGACUGGCAUUGGGCGCUGAGGGUGACUCCAGGCCUUGGCCUUGUUGCAGUGGUUUUGCUUGUAUUCAUUGUACCAGAACCACCGCGAGGAGCAGUGGAGCGACGGUCCAAGCGAGCGCUUGUGAACACUUCCUGGCUCACCGAUGUCAAAGAACUUUCCAAGAAUCCCAGCUUUGUGCUCUCCUCGCUGGGUUUCACCUCGGUGGCCUUCGUGACGGGUACCCUGGCUCUCUGGGCUCCUGCCUACCUGUUCCGUGCCCAGGUCGUGCAGGGCACCAUGAGGCCGUGCACCAAGGGGACCUGUAACUCCCUGGACAGCUUGCUGUUUGGGAUUAUCACCUGUGUGACGGGUUUCCUGGGGGUGGGGGCCGGGGUGGAGAUCAGUAAGCGUUACCGGAAGGUGAACCCGCGGGCGGAUCCCCUGGUGUGUGCCAGCGGCCUGCUGGGCUCCGCGCCCUUCCUCUACCUGGCACUGGCGACGGCAGAGGCCAGCACCAUCGCCACCUACGUAUUUAUCUUCAUUGGGGAGCUGCUGCUGUCUCUGAACUGGGCGAUUGUGGCUGACAUUCUGCUGUACGUGGUUAUUCCCACGCGUCGUUCCACCGCUGAGGCUUUCCAGAUUAUGAUGUCCCAUCUCCUGGGUGACGCCAGCAGCCCGUACCUGAUUGGAGUGAUUUCGGACGCAAUCCGGCGUUCCCGCCCGGACUCGUACUUGGCGGAGUUCCGGAGCCUGGAGUACGCGCUGAUGAUCUGCUGCUUUGUCGGGGCGAUGGGAGGGGCUGCUUUCCUGGCAACGGCCGUGUUCAUCGAGAGGGACCGCAGGAAGGCGGAGCUCUACACGCAAGAGCUGGUGGAGGAGGAUGAGCCCAUCGUUGUGCCCCAGGCUGGGCGAUCCCUGAAGCUGCCAGUCACCAGUGUGCUGAUCUGAAGAGGGGCCCGCUCUCUGGCUGUCCCGCUGCAGGGGGUGGGGAGGGGGGAAGCGGGAGGGUGGGGAGCACCAUCUGAUUUCCUUCGCCUCCCCCUUCCCUCCUUCCCCUCUGCGCCCCCCGCCCGGCUGGCGCCAUCAGUCAGGCUCCAGUGACUGUACAGAGUCCCUGCACUUGCAGGGU